AUGGCGUACUACGUGGCGGAGAGCCAGAAGCCGAGGGAACACGCGGCGCUGGCGCUGGCGGUGGACGCGGGGUCGGUGUUCGAGGGCGAGGGCGAGCGAGGGGCGGCGCACGUGGUGGAACACCUGGCGUUUCGAUGCACGGAAUCGUACGAACACUUUGCGAUUGUGAACUUUUUAGAGUCGAUCGGGGCGGAAUUCGGUGCGUGCUCGAACGCGUACACGAGCAUGGAUGAGACGGUGUACGAGUUGACGAUUCCGACGCAAAAGGCGGAAGUGUUGGCGACGUCGAUGCAUAUUUUGAGCGAAUUCGCGAGCGCGGUGCGGAUAUCGAACGAGGAUGUGGCGUGCGAACGAGGGUCCGUGAUGGAAGAAUGGCGUUUAGGACGGGACGCGCGAGGACGCGCGGCGGAGGCGUAUUGGAAGACGUUGAUGGAGGGGUCGUUGUACGCCGAACGCUCGCCCAUCGGAUUGGAGGACUUUAUACAAAACGCCGACCCGCAGGUUUUGCGAGACUUUUACGCCAAAUGGUACCGACCUGAACGCAUGGCGGUGAUUGCGGUUGGAGAUUUUCAAGACCUGGACGACGUCGUGAGCCUGAUCGAGAGCACGUUUCAAGACUUGAAGCCGAAAGAAGGGCAGCCCGCGGAGAAUCCAGUCAUGGAACGACCAAAAAACUCCGCGAUGGAGCAUUCCGAACCGCGCGUCGUGACGCACGUCGAUCGCGAGUUGAAGCAGACGGCGGUGACAGUGACGUUCAAGUACGCGAGUAUUCCGGUGGACACUCCGCGCGGGUAUUAUUUGAAGACGGUCGAGGAUAUUUACAAGACGGCGCUCGAUAAUCGAUUGUAUCGCAUGAUGCGUCAACCAAAGCCCCCAUUUUUCAGCGCGGGUGGCAUCAUCGAGGACGCGACGAGGACGACGACUUUACUCAGCGUGCAGGCGACGUGCGCGGAGAGCCGUGCGAGCACAGGUUUAGAGGCGUUACUUCGCGAACUCGCGCGUAUUCGAUUGCACGGAAUUUCGGAGCAAGAGUUGAAAAUCGCCAAGUCGCGCAUGCUCGCCGAUACAGAGCAAUUGUACGCAGAACGCGAGCAGACAUAUUGUGAGUCUGUUCGCGAUGAGCUAGUGUGCCAUUUCUUGCGCGGUGAUCUCGUCAUCGGAGCUGAAGACGAGGCGGCUCUUGCCAAGGCGUGCAUUGAGCGCGUGUCACAAGAAGACGUGUUGGCGUUUGCGCGUCAAUUGAACGUGCGUAACUCGUGCGUGAUUCGCGUACAAGAAGGUAGAAAGCGUACAAGUGAAGAUGAUUUGCGAGAAGCGAUCGAGAAUGUCCGCUUGAGGGAAAUUGAGGGUGCAAUUGACCAAAGCGAAGUGUUUGAUAUUCCCGAGGUAUUGAUGGACGCGACUUCAUUGACUUCUGGCACCAUCGUCGGCUCGCGAGAGUUACCGGCGUUGGAGGUGAAUGAGAUCACCCUGAAUAACGGUAUGCGCAUCGCCAUUCGCGUGACUGAUUUUCUUGACGAUCAAGUCCUCAUACGUGGUGUCGCACGAGGUGGCCUUUCGGAGGUAGCGCAGAUUGAUUACAUCGAUGCGAUGUGCUCAAACAUGGUCGCCAGCGAACUUGGCAUCUACGGCCAUCGACCGGAUGUCUACGACGGUAUCAUAGCGGGUCUAAGAUCGGACGUGCACGCCAACGUAACCAUGUAUCGCCGUAAUAUUGAAGGUGAAACAUCACCAGUGGACAUCGAAAGCGCGCUGCAGUGCAUUCAUCUUUUGUUCACGCACGACGUGAGCACGACGAAUGAUCCGGAAGUUUUAGAGACACUGAUGCAGAUGCAGGAGGAAAAAAUUAGAAAUCAAAGUCGAGACCCCGAAAGUAAAUAUAGCGAGGUCGUUCGCUCGCUCGUCUACGGCGAGUCGUACCAUAGUCAGCGAAUUACCGUCAAGUCGUUGCGUGAGAUGGACAGCAAAAAGGCUUGCGCGUUCUUCGACGCUUGCUUCUUGGAUCCGUCUGAAUUUACCAUGGUUUUCGUCGGAGCGAUCGAUUCGAAGACACUCGUUCCGCUCAUCGAAAAGUAUCUCGGCUCGAUUCCGCCGGCGUCACCCACCAAGGUUCUCAAGGCCUUUGAAGGUAUUAGUCAACGCAAACGCAGCUUGACACCGUUCCUGCUGAAGUUCCCGACGCGCGUCAUCUCGCGCACUGUGCGAGCGCACAUGCGGGAAGGGAUGUCUAAGGCGUCGAUUACGUUUCCCGUGCGCAUACAAAAUCCGGACUUUCACAACAGUCGCGGACGUUCGACGCUCUUGGGCGGAAAAGAGUUGACCGUGGCAAAGUUUAAGACGGUCAUGACGGCGGCAAUCAUCGAGAGACGAUUGCUGGCUUUGCUGAGAUUUGAAUACGGCGAGAUUUACACCUGCCACGCGGAUGCAUCGUUCGGCUACCAAGACCCGGAUGUCGCUGGUGAAAUGUACUCGGGCGAUAUCAUGGUAUCAUUCUCGUGCGCUCCGGAGCGAGGCGCUCACCUCGCGGCACACGCCCGAGAAGUCGUGAGACAUCUUCGCGAACACGGUCCGACGGAGGAAGACGUGCACGCCGUUCGCGAAUGCGAAAUUCGAGACUUUGAAGUCAGUCGACAAGAGAACACAUUUUGGCGCGAGUAUAUCACCGAACUCUAUAAAUCGCGGAUGAUGCACAAGAGUAUUCUGAACGGCGAUAUCGAAGCGCUAUAUCGAAUGACUGAAGAAGUGCGAGAGGAAGUUAUCGAGUCCCUCUCCCCGGCGGUGAUUCGCGAGCAUUUACAAUGCGUCAUGAGCAUGAAUAAUUCCGUUACCGUCGUUCUCAAGCCGCAGCGAUCGCUCUUGCGACGCAUCUUCGUUCCAUCGUUCGAAACCCGCGGAGAGGCGAUUUACUCCGCGGUUUACUUAUCAGGAAUCGCGCUCACUGCGAGCGCGAUAUAUGCGAGAUGCCACAAGAAGGACUGA